CCAGCUUUAGAGUCGCUUUUAGUGAAAAUUGAGGAUAUAGUGUUUCUAAAUAGAGCGGCGAAUUUGUCAAUAUUUAAGUAGUUAAAAAAGAAUGUGUAACGGACAAGUAACAUUAAUGAUUUCAUACGAUUAGUUAAAAAAGAAUGUCCCGUCCUUACGGACUAUUUUCAGCACAAAGAAUGUAUUCGAGACAUAGAUAUGGAGAUAGAGGUGAAAGUUCUCAGUCAGGAGGAUCACAUUUUGAACGUGAUAGCCAUGGACGAGGCAGAGGAGGAGGACAUCCACCUUGGUUGAGAGGCAAAGAAAUAGGGCUUUAUUAUAGAGAUAAGGCCAAACAAAAGUCCAAGAAAAAGGAAACUCGAGGUAUUAAGUUACCCGAACAUCUUCAAGAAAAAAUUGAACACGUGUUAAACAAUUCUAAAGGAUAUUAUGAAAAAUUAUAUAACAAUGCAUACACUGAGGAUACGUAUGAUGUGUUAGAAAAUAAAUAUGUGCACAUUCGUGACUCCCAAUUUAAAAGAAAAUUCAUGAAUAUGGUAUCUGGUAAUAUGCAAGAAAAUCUUGCCAGAGCUUUGCUAGUUAAAUCAAAAUUAGAAAGAGAUAUUGAACUAGAUAAAAAAUUAUUAAAUGAACAUAGGACAUUGCAAUCAACGCAGGAAUAUGAAAACAUGAAACAAUUCAGAUUAAAGUUACCAUCAUAUCAUAAAAGAUCAAAAAUAUUAGAUUUGAUUAAGGAAAAUCAGGUUAUUGUAAUAAGUGGAGAAACUGGUUGUGGAAAAACAACACAGGUUGCUCAGUAUAUAUUGGAUGAUCAAAUAGAACAAGAAAAUGGUAGCAUUGUGCGAAUUAUAUGUACUCAACCUAGGAGGAUAUCAGCUAUAUCUGUUGCUGAGAGAGUUGCAGCUGAGAGAGCAGAAAGGCUUGGUAAAUCCGUUGGUUUUCAAAUCCGACUUGAAAAAGUAUUACCGAGAGAUAAAGGCAGCAUAACAUUUUGUACUACUGGAAUGUUAUUGCAAUUUAUGCAAGGUGAUCCAGCCUUAAAAGAAUUUUCUCAUAUUAUAUUAGAUGAAAUUCAUGAAAGAUCUACUGAAAGUGACUUCAUCCUUGCUUUACUGAAACUAAUUAUCCCUAAAAGACCUGAUUUGAAAGUUAUUUUAAUGAGUGCAACACUUAACUCUGAAAGAUUUUCCAGUUAUUAUAAUGAUUGCCCAAUGAUUCAUAUUCCUGGCUUUACUUAUCCAGUAACAGAAUUUUAUUUAGAGGACAUCCUAUCCUUUACAGAAUAUCAAUUUCCCGCAUCAACUGCAAUACCUCAAGAUCAUAGAAAACAUAUCAAAAAAUAUAAACAGGAACAACGAAAAAGGGAUGAGUUUCACGAUGUGCUAUAUCCUUAUGUACGACAGCUUAUAGCUACGAAGAAAUAUUCAAAAGAAGUAAUUGAACAAUUACGGAAUCCAAACAGCGAGAAAUUGUCUCUUGAUCUCAUAGAACAAUUAGUUAGGUACAUUUGUAAAACUAAUGAUCCUGGAGCUAUUUUAGUUUUUCUUCCUGGUAUGAUGGAUAUAAUAAAGCUACAUAAAAUUAUGCUGGAAAAUAGACAGUAUCCACAAAAUCAGUAUGUUAUUUAUCCUCUUCAUUCUCGUAUGCCAACUGUCGAUCAGAAGCUCGUAUUUAAAACACCACCUGAAGGAGUUCGGAAGAUAAUAAUUGCAACUUCGAUAGCCGAAACUUCUAUAACUAUUGAAGAUGUAGUAUAUGUUGUUGAUUGUGGAAAAAUGAAAUUUGGUAAAUUCGAUCUCCAAAAAAAUGUUCAAACUUUGGAACCUGAAUGGGUAUCGUUAGCUAAUGCUAAACAAAGAAGAGGUAGAGCAGGCAGAGUAAGACCUGGUGUCUGUUAUCAUUUGUACUCAAAAGCUAGAGAAAUGGCACUAGACCAGUAUCCUUUACCCGAAAUGUUAAGGACGCGUUUAGAGGAAGUUAUUUUACAAAUAAAAAUGUUACAAUUGGGAAAAGCUAGAACUUUCUUAGCAAGUGUUAUGGAUCCCCCAAAUAUGAAAGCUAUAGAUCUAUCUUUAGAUUUACUCCGAACUCUCAACGCGUUGGAUGACGAGGAACAAUUGACUCCUUUGGGGUAUCAUUUGGCUCAAUUACCUCUAGAUCCACGUACAGGGAAAAUGAUCAUAUGGGCAUCAUUAUUUUCGUGUGUAGAACCAGUUUUUGCAAUCGCGGCGAGUCUUAGUUUUAAAGAUGCUUUUUACUGUCCACUUGGAAAAGAGGAAGACGCACGAAAAAAGAAACUCGAAUUAAAUAUGAAUCAAUUUAGCGAUCACAUCGCGUUAUCUGAAGCAUUAAGAAGAUUCGAGAUCGCGUAUAAAAAAAGUUAUGCAAGUUCUUUUUGUAGGGAAUAUUUCCUCUCUUUUAGUACGCUCAAACUACUUUCUGAAAUGAAAACUCAAUUUGCUCAACAUUUGUGUCGAAUGAAAUUUAUGGACUCAGAAAAUCCCGCUGACAUUAAUGCUAACAGGAACUCCAGUAACAUAACCUUAGUGAAAGCAGUAGUAUGCGCUGCAUUGUAUCCUAAUAUUGCUGUUAUAAGGAGAGUUACAAAAAAUGGAACCAGAGCAUGGACUCCAGAAGAUGGCAGUGUUACUAUACAUCCGUCAAGUGUAAAUGAUAGAGUUAGGGAAUAUCCCAACCCAUUUAUUACAUAUUUUACAAAGCAACUCUCGACAGCGAUAUAUUUGCAUGAUACUACAUGCGUUAGCGCGCCAAUUUUAUUAUUUACUGCUCCAAAAAUGUCUAUAAGAAAAGAAAGAGGAAACUAUUUUAUCAGCUUAGCAAACAAUCAAAUGUUUGCUUGCGAUUUGCAAAGUGCACAACUUAUUCAGAAAUUACAAGAACAAUUCAAUAACAUGUUAGAGUAUAAAAUAACACAUCCAGGAACAGUAUGCUGGAAUAGCUUUGAAGGCGAUGUAUUAAAUGCUAUCAUAGAACUGGUUUCUCAAAAAGACGAGGAAUUGGGAUUUUCUAAUUCUGAUAUUCAAAAUUGUGAGGAUGAUAUUCAUGAUAAAGUUUGAAUAGGAUUUAACAAACUAUGAUAAUUAUGGCUUUGAAGCAUAGCGAAAUAGCUAGAGGAACUUGGUUUUUUAAUUGUCUGAAUUAAGUGAACCCCUAAGAUAUUCUAGUAAAAUAAUUCCUUCUAUAGUUUUAUCUAAUUAUAAUAAGUAAAAAUAUAUCAAGUUUGUAAUAUAUAUUCAGAAAAUAAAGUUUUGGAGAUAAAACAAAAAAUUAUCAA